AUGAGCAUCCCAAUUUGCAGUAACUAUUUGCAUAAUAUUUACUUAGAAUUUAGCUUGUUUAAAAAUUUUUUAAAAGAUUUAAAAAAAAAAAAAAAAAGUGGCAAUAACGAAAGGUACACGCCUAUAUAUGACAGCUGUAUUGAAAAUGCAUAUAACAUACAAAAUAAAUUUCAUGCAUGGAACAGUGAAGAAGAAGAUAUUGACGAAAAGUUCAUAGAAUACUUUUCUCAAAACUUUAUUAUAAAUAUUAAAACAUUUUUAAGGAUAAACUUCAGCUGCAUAGAUGAAAAUUUGGAGAAUUUAAAAAAUAGAAAUAAAAAAUUAAUUGAGAAAUUAAAAGUGGACUUAGAGAAUGCGGAAAAUCAGGAAAAUUAUAUAUACGAAUUGGAAAAAAGCUUAAAAUGCGAAAAAGAAAAAAAUAAGAAUGCACAUAAUUUACAGGAAAAAAUAAACAAUCUUGUAAAUCAAAAUGAAAAACUUAAGAACAAAAACGAACAAUUGGAGAUGUCCUCAUGGAAACAGCAAGAAGAAAACAGUAAAAUAAAAGUUGAACUGAAGAAAUUUUUGUCUCUCAAGGAAAAAAAAAAAUAUAUUGAUAACGGUAAAAGAUCUUAUAACAGAUUAAACAAAAGAAUGAGUACACUAUUUAAACGAAUUAAUAACAACAUACGGAAAAGAAAGAAAAACAAAUUGUUGUUGGAAAAAAGUAGGAGCUACAGUGCCAGCUUUUUGCAUACGAUCAACAGUAUAAUGCUUGACGAGGAGGAUCUCUUUGGUGAAAAAAAUCGACAUACGGGAGAAUAUGGGGAUGAAGGGGAAAAUUACGCACAAAAAAAUGAUAUACAGAAAAAUCGUGCGCAACAAAAUGGCAUACUGCACAGUUGUGCCCAGAAAAACGGUGCCGUACAAAGUGGAGCAGUGCAAAAUCGAGAACUACGAAAUAACGCACCACAAAGUGGAGGACUACAAAAUAGUGCACCGCAAAAUAACGUAACAAUGAGUGACCAUUUUGGUCACGAAACCAGAUCAGAUAUCAAAAAGAGAAAAAAACAAAUUCGUCAAGGAGAAAAAAUCUACACAAACAUAGAAUCUGUAAAUGAUAAAAAUACGAAAGGGAAAUUUCAUAAAUGGAACAAAUUCUUUAAAAAUAGCUGCAUGCUGAAAAGAAAUUUCACUCAUAAUGAUUACUGCACCGACGGAGAGAAUACCUUGUCUUGUUGCAGUAAUACUUUACUUAUUGAUAUAAGAAAAGAGCUAAGUAAUAAAUGA